AUAUUUGUUCUGUUAGGCUAGUAGUAGACACUUGCAUAUUAUUAGGAGCUCAGUUGAUAAGUAAUACAAGGCGGGAUUUGAAUGCAGUAAGAACGUUUGAUUCGAUAAUGCUGAAAUGAAGAACCAAGUGCUCCUUUUGGCGGUACUUUUGUUUGGAGUUGCAUCAGCACAGAUAAUUGAUUUUAUAGUUCCAGAAGAAACGGUGAUAGCUGUGCCGCGUUUUCCAAGGGAAUGGGAUGUUACGAAAAGAGAACGAAUCUGGUUGAAUCAGCUUACUAAUUUCUCAAGGGAAUAUGAAGAGGCCACUAUGCUACCAGAAUGCACGAACUCGAUGAAGCCUAACUGCUCUGUCGCUGCAAACUUCUGGGACAAAGAUGCCGUAAUUGCUGUUGAUGGUCUAAGCUCCGGUCAUGGAAGAGAAGGUGUGCGAAGAAUACUCGAGGAAGGUCGAGGCCAUGGUCCUGAUACAUAUUUCUCCAUUCAUUGGUAUUACUGUAAAGGGAGUCGUAAAGGCGUUGCAGGAUAUGGAGUUGGUACAGUGUAUUCAAAUGAUGAGAGGGAAAUACUUGAGGAACGGCGAGUUUUGACAUUUUUUCGGCGUUACAAUGGGGGAGGAUGGAAAAUCCAGUAUUCAUUUGAGCUGAAGGGUGGAGAUCCCCAUGCAGCAAACAUGUAAAUGAC